AAGCGACCGUUUGAAGGAGGAAGACUUGUUUAAACACCUGCAAGACCUGAAGCGGCCCAGCAACGCCAUGAAAAAACUGAAAUGUAUCGGCGGGACGCUGAAGCUGGACAUUGCGCCAUGUCCGGACGAGGUCAAGCACUGUCUGACACCAGAGCUGGCCAAACUGCGACCGUACCCGGAUGACAAGGCGCGGCCCUGCAAAGAACUGCUCGAGUUCCCCCCUGAGGAAGUGUACGAGCCGCACUACUUGUACAGAAACCUCUUGUUCGUCUCGCCCAAGACGGUCAACUUUGUCAACUAUCCCAACAAGCCUGGCAUUUCGGCCCGCAACAUCACUGUGCGCGUCCAGUUUCUGAACGGCGAGGGCAAGGAGUCGGCGCUGCCGGUCAUCUUUGGCCGCUCCUCGAUGCCGGAGCUCGUCAGUGAGGCCUACACCGCCAUCAGCUACCACUCAAA